AUGGCCAAAAGUGGAGAGACCCUGCCACAGGGCAACCCAGCAGCAGCCCAGGACCCCCACCUCAUCAAGGUGACAGUGAAGACGCCCAAGGCUAAGGAGGAUUUCUCAGUUACAGACACAUGCACCAUCCAGCAGUUGAAGGAAGAGGUAUCCCAGCGCUUUAAAGCCCACCCUGAUCAGCUGGUCCUAAUCUUUGCUGGCAAGAUCCUCAAGGACCCUGAUUCUCUGGCACAGUGUGGAGUGCGAGAUGGCCUCACAGUGCACCUGGUCAUCAAGAUGCAGCGGCGGCCCAUGGGUACUCCGUGCCCAGUUGCUCCAGUCCCUGCCCCAGCCCCAAACCCUGGAUCACUUCCCCAGCCAAACUCCAUUUUCCCAUCAGACGGGCCUCCCACUUUCAGCUUAGGUACCCUCACAGGCCUCAAUGGGCUGGGCCUGGCCUCUGGUAGCUUCUCUGACCAGCCAAGCUCAUUUAUUUGGCAGCAUGUUUCCGUGCCUGAGUUUGUGGCUCAGAUCAUUGAUGAUCCUUUCAUCCAGGGUCUGCUGUCUAAUACGAGCCUGGUGCGGCAGCUGGUUCUUGACAAUCCCCACAUGCAACAGUUGAUCCAGCAAAACCCCGAGAUUGGGCAUAUUCUUAACAACCCUGAAAUCAUGCGGCAGACACUGGAGUUCCUGCGCAAUCCUGCCAUGAUGCAGGAAAUGAUGCGCAGCCAGGACCGGGCCCUCAGUAACCUGGAAAGCAUCCCUGGUGGCUAUAAUGUACUUCGUACCAUGUACACAGAUAUUAUGGACCCGAUGCUUAAUGCAGUCCAGGAGCAGUUUGGUGGCAACCCCUUUGCUACUGCCACUAAUGCUGAUACCACUGCCGGCAACAGUCAACCUUCAAGAACUGAGAACUGUGACCCUCUCCCCAACCCUUGGGCUUCCACAUAUGAAGGCUCAGGGGGUAGGCAAGGAAGGCAGCCUGGGGACCAGAAUGUAUCUGAAACUAGAAAUGGGGUCUCAAACUUUCCGGGUACUAUAGGGCUCUAUGACUAUCUUCAACAAUUAUCUGAGACUCCUCAGUCCAUUGGAACCUACCUGCAGGGAAAUACAUCCUCCCUCAGUCAGGAACCAUGCCCACCAGGAAACCGAGUCCUUCCAACUUCAUCCUCAUCUCAGGAACCUGGGUCAGGCCAGUCAGUCUCCAAAGAGUCAGUAGCCAUCAAAGGAAAUUCCUCUUGCAGAGCUUUCCUGGGAUAUUCCACAGAGAGCAGUACUGGGCAAAGUGGAGGCCAAGAUGGGGCAGGGAAGGGCUCCACUGGCCACAGUACCAAUAUGCCUGAUCUUGUCUCAGGGCUAGCAGAUUCUGCUGAAAGGGCCCCAUUAGUUCCUUCAUCAUCUUCCCCUAUGACAACCACCUCUGGAGUCCCUGAACCUACUUGGCUGCCACCACCAACUUAUUCAAGACCUUUAAGAACAGCUGACCUGAAUCAGGAUGCCCAGAUGCAGGAGGAGAUGCAUCAGCAACUUCCACUGAUGCUGCACCUUCAGGCAGCCGUGGCAAACCCCCGUGCCAUGAAUGCCCUCUUGCAGAUUGAGCAGGGUCUGCAAAUCCUGGCGACAGAAGAUCCGCGCCUCCUGAUCUGGUUCAUGCCUUGCCUAGCAGGACUGGGGAGUAUGACAGGAAGUAUAGGUCCAAGAGACGGUACUUGCAUGCCUGAGAAUCCUCCUCGAGCCCCAGCUCCAGAGGUUCCCCAAGAACAAGGCUCUACUGAGCUGAGCCUCCCUUCAACUCCCUUCCUCCGGAUGUUACAAGUUUUAGCUAGUACCAAUCACCAGCAGCUGCAUCCUGCGUCUCACUUCCAGGUGCAGCUGGAGCAAUUGCGGGCCAUGGGUUUUCUGAAUCCUGAAGAGAAUCUCCAGGCACUUAUUGCCACGGGGGGUGAUUUGGAGGCUGCUGUGGAGAGGCUCAGGCAGUUGUAA